CAUAAUAGAGUUUGUUUUGGAAGCUAUUGGUAAAAUUAAGAAAUGGGAAUUAGUUUAUUGGAGUGGUGUAAUAAUAAUAAUAGAGCUGAUUCAGAAGAAGAAUGGUACAUGAGAUCAAGUAAUUUAAGAAGAAGUGGAGUAGUAGCGUUGGUGUUGGUGAUGAUAGCAAUAAUAAGUGCAUGUUGGAUAAUUAUUGUUCAUAGAUGGAACCAAAGGAAGAAGAUGAGGAGAGGUCCAAAAACAUGGCCAAUCGUAGGAGCAGCAAUAGAACAGUUUGUAAAUUACCACAGAAUGCAUGAUUGGAUUUUGGGUUACCUUAAUCUCUACAGAACUGUUGUGGUUCCCAUGCCUUUCACUACUUACACUUAUAUUGCUGACCCUGCCAAUGUUCAACAUAUUCUCAAGACCAACUUUGCUAAUUAUCCAAAGGGUGAUGUAUAUCAUUCAUACAUGGAAGUGCUUCUUGGAGAUGGGAUCUUCAACGUAGAUGGAGAGUUGUGGAGGAAACAAAGGAAAACUGCUAGCUUCGAAUUUGCAUCUAAGAAUUUGAGGGAUUUCAGUACCUUAGUUUUUAGAGACUAUGGUCUCAAGCUAUCAACUAUUUUAACACGUGCCUCUUUACUCAACCAACAAAUUGACAUGCAGGAAUUGUUGAUGAGGAUGACUUUAGAUUCCAUAUGCAAGGUUGGCUUUGGUGUUGAAAUUGGAUCAUUGGCUCCCAAUUUGCCAGAAAAUAAGUUUGCUAAGGCCUUUGAUACAGCCAAUAUGAUCGUUACCCUUCGCUUCAUUGAUCCUCUGUGGAAAAUUAAAAGAUUUCUGAAUCUGGGAUCUGAAGCUCUUCUUGAUAAAUCCAUCAAAACCAUUGAUGAUUUCACUUAUUCUGUCAUUGCCACAAGGAAAAAAGAGAUCCAAGAAGCUCAAACUACACACACAGAUCCCAAUAAGAUGAAACAUGACAUAUUGUCGAGAUUUAUUGAGUUAGGGGAAGACCCAAACAACAAAUUCACAGACAAAAGCUUAAGAGAUAUUGUUCUGAACUUCGUGAUUGCCGGACGUGACACAACAGCCGCAACUCUUUCAUGGAGUAUUUAUAUGCUAAUGACUCAUUCAGAUGUCUCCCAAAAACUUUACUCAGAGCUCAAAAGUUUUGAAGAAGAAAGAGCCAAAGAACACUCCAUUUCAUUGCUUCAAUAUCAACCAAAUGAUAUUCAAUCCUUUGACACAAGAGUUGUACAAUUUUCACAACUUCUUAAUUAUGAUUCUCUUGCUCGAUUACAUUACUUGCAUGCUAUCGUUACUGAGACACUUCGUCUUUACCCUGCAGUUCCCCAGGACCCAAAGGGAAUUUUGGAGGAUGAUGUAUUGCCAGAUGGGACAAAGGUAAGAGCUGGAGGAAUGGUGACAUAUGUUCCUUACUCGAUGGGAAGAAUGGAAUACAAUUGGGGUUAUGAUGCAACUUCUUUUAAACCUGAAAGAUGGCUCAAACAAGGCAUUUUCCAGAAUGAAUCUCCAUUCAAGUUCACAGCUUUUCAGGCUGGACCAAGGAUCUGCAUGGGGAAAGACUCGGCAUAUCUACAAAUGAAAAUGACUCUUGCCAUUUUAUGCAGAUUCUACAAAUUUAGUUUGGUGAGUGGGCAUAGAGUCGACUACAGAAUGAUGACUAUUCUCUCAAUGGCUAAUGGCUUGAAAGUUACUGUGGCUCCACGCUCUUAAAAAUUUUAUCUCUUUUUAUUUACACUUUAUCAUCAACAAUCAAAACCAAAAACAUAUGUAAUAAAAUCUCAUUUCCUUUUGAAAAAAACAAACUUGUUGAUAAUAUAUAUAAUUCUCAUUUCUUUGUUUUUAAAUCUUGAGAAACGUUUCACAUUUAAAAUCAAAAUGUCUAAUCUGACCAUUGGUUCAUUGGUGUUGAUCGGACACUCUCGU